CAUCUGGCGGCGGCGUUCUAUAGAAUCAGGCAGCCGCCCUUUUUAUAUUUUCUCUCUUCCCAAAAUUACAAUGACCUCUACUUCUCUCUUCCAUCCUUCAUCCCCCAUGCGAUCUUCAAAUCCGUUCCCAUGGCCAUUCUUCGCCACCUAAAUCCUAAUCGCCGCCGCUUCUUUUCCAUCGCCGCCGCCGCCGCCGCCGUCCGCGAAGACAUCACCUACUGGACAUCCGCGCCCCUCAUCGGCGUUUACCCCGCCGCCGAAUCUCUCUUCCACAUCACAAUCGACGUGUCCGAUUCGUUUGACAUAAUCUCAUCCCACACACGACCCGGUCAAUAUCUCCAGGUUAGGCUCCCUGACAUCGCUAAACCAUCAUUUCUCGCCAUCGCUUCUCCACCGAAGCUGGCGGAGGCGAGAGGAGAAUUUGAAUUUCUUGUCAAGUCUAUACCUGGAUCAACGGCGGAGCUUCUUUGUAGGCUUAGGAAAGGGGAUGUUGUUGAAUUAACUCAAGCUAUGGGUAGAGGAUUUGAUAUUGAUCAGAUAAUGCCAUCUGAUGAAUACCCAUCUGUUUUAAUAUUUGCUACCGGUUCUGGAAUCAGUCCAAUUCGGUCAUUGAUUGAGUCAGGAUUCGACGCAAUUAGAAGACCCGAUGUGAGGCUCUACUAUGGUGCUAGAAACUUGCAGAGGAUGGCUUAUCAGGAUAGAUUCAAAGAUUGGGAAUCCUCAGGUGUAAAGAUAGUGCCAGUUUUGUCACAACCGGAUGAUGAUAAUUGGUCAGGUGAACGCGGCUAUGUACAAGCUGCUUUUGCUCGAGCCAAAAGGAUCUAUAACCCUCAAGGGACCGGAGCUGUUCUGUGUGGUUUUAGGCAGAUGGCUCAGGAAGUAACAUCUCUAUUGGUAGCAGACGGGGUUUCAACUUCGAAGAUAUUGAAGAAUUUCUGACAAAUAUCUUGGAGGGGUCGAGAUUAUAUAUUGAUGUUCAUUAGUAGAAGAUAUAAUAAUAGUAUUUGAUUCAUUUCCACAUGGGAGUGAUCGAUCUCAUAGUAAAAAUUAUGAGUUGCAAAUAAUCCUCAAAAAGUUUUGUAUUUAUUGCAGAUUCAACCUUUGAUUUUGGGGUUUUGCAUAAUGUAUAUGUCUCCUGAAUUGCUAGAUGCUAAUUAGGAUGGUGAGGUUCUUUCUAGUAUUUUUGUGA